ACUUCCGUGCUGCAGAUGUUGCUAUACGCAGAAGGCACCAGGUUCACCAAGGAUAAACAAGAGGCCAGCAUUAAGUUUGCCCGGUCGAAAGGACUACCUGAGUUAAAGGAACACUUGCUCCCGAGGACUAAAGGUUUUAGCAUUGGAUUACCUCAUUUUAGACACAAUUUGCCAGCCGUCUACAACGUCCAAAUUGCUUUCAAAGGAAAAGAAAAACCAUCGUUGAGAGCAUUGCUAAGUGGUCAACGAUUAGAGGCACAUGUGUACAUGGAAAGAAUACCUAUUGAACAGGUUCCAGAAGGCGAUAAGGCGUGUGAAAAAUGGAUGUACGACAUGUACGAGAAAAAAGAUAAAAUGAUGGUCAGCUUUUUCAACACAGGAGAUUGGUUCAAGGAAAGUGGUGUAAAGCCAGUGGAGAAAUUUGUUCCACCAUAUCGUUAUUAUUGUGUUCUA